AACUGGACGCUCUGGAGGAGCUGUUUCUUCAGAACCAGUAUCCAGAUGUGAACACAAGGGAAAAACUUGCACAGCGCACUCAUUUACGCGAAGAGCGAGUAGAGGUGUGGUUUAAAAACCGAAGAGCGAAAUGGAGGCGACAAAAAAGAACAGCAAUAGAUGUGCGAGACAUGGAAGACUAGACAAUUCUGUCCCGUGUAUCUAUAUUGACAUUGUAUCUGUUUGGUUGCUUCGACUGGGUUGUCAAAGCGAAGGUGUAGAAUUCUAAAAGCUCCACUGCCGGAAAUGUCCGGUGACGUCAGACAGACGAUUUGUGUCGUUGUUCCGUUCGCGUGAGGUUCCUUGACUAGCAAAACAUCAACUAAGAACUGUUGGAAUUAUAAAUACGCGAAUUAAAUCAAGCCGUUAGCACACAUGUCUAUUUUUUGCUAUUUCAAGUUUAUAACGCGAUAUUUCUUUUAGCAUUCAUCAAGGUUUUCUUUAGUUUGGUUGCUAGCUAUCUAGCUAGCUAACGCAUUAACAGAAGUCUAGUUAAGGCCGCAUAGCAUUUCGCUAACGUUAACUUGCUAGCUUCUGGUUCUUAACACCGACCAUGGAAGGAUUUGGAAAGGCGCUGAUGUCUGGAACCCUAGUACCAGCCAGCCCUGUCACAACAGUCGCUCUGCGACAGCCACCCGAGGAAACAAAGAAAAGAUUUCGAAAGGUUCUCGAUGAAGAGAACUACAUAGAGAGUUUAGAGAAGAUCAUCCAGAGGGACUUUUUCCCAGACGUGACCAAGUUACAAGCACAGAAGGACUACCUUGAAGCUGAGGAAAAUGGGGAUCUUGGGAAGAUGAGGGAAAUAUCCAUAAAGUAUGGGUCAUCUUUAGCCAAGUCCACGCCAGGCUCCGCUGCCCCAUAUGUUACUCCAGCUUCCUUUGAAACACCAGAGGGUCGCCCAGCAUCUCCCUCAUCUGUCCUGGGCAAAAACAAGAAAGGAGUAGAUGGAGUAAACAAGGAACCAGAGGAGGAGGAGAAAGAGCUGCCCUGUCUGGAUCGUUUCCUGGCUAAGAACACAAGCGAGGAUAAUGCAUCCUUUGAGCAGAUAAUGGUUCUAGCGGAUGACAAGGAGAAGUUAAGGCAUUCGUGGUUGUAUGAGGCAGAGGCUGAAUUUAAGCAGCGGCAUGAAGAAAACCUUGCCCUGCCGUCUUCGGAGAAGCAGGCCCUCGAGUGUGUGAAGGCAGGCCUGGAAACCUGGGAGUACAAAGCAAAGAAUGCCCUCAUGUACUAUCCAGAGGGCGUCAAGGAUGAUGACACACUCUUCAAGAAGCCCAGGGAGGUGAUUCACAAGAACACUCGCUUUGUGGGAGACCCCUUCAGCAAAGCUCUUAACAAAUGUCAGCUUCAGCAGGCUGCAGCCCUCAAUGCACAGUUCAAACAGGGUAAAGUAGGCCCAGAUGGCAAAGAGCUUAAUGCCCAAGAUUCCCCUAACGUGAAUGGGUAUGGAUUUGAAGGGACUCCCAGCCCUUCCCCAGGGAUGGCUGAGUCCCCCCUGAUGACCUGGGGUGAGAUAGAGAGCACCCCCUUUCGUCUGGAUGGAUCUGACUCACCGUUUCAAGAGAGGAACAUUGGCCCAUCAUUUAAGAUUCCAGAACCAGGAAGAAGAGAGCGGUUGGGUUUGAAAAUGGCCAAUGAAGCUGCAGCCAAAAACCGGGCAAAAAAACAGGAAGCAUUGCGAAAGGUCACAGAAAACCUUGCAAGCCUCACCCCAAAAGGUCUGAGCCCAGCAUUGACCCCUGCCCUUCAGAGGCUUGUAAACCGGACUUCCAGUAAAUACACAGAUAAAGCUCUAAGGGCAAGCUACACACCAUCUCCCACACACAGUGGAGCAGGCUCCAAGACCCCCCUGGGUGGUCCAGCGACUCCCUCAGGCACUCCAACCCCAAGCAAAGCCAGGACCCCUGCCUCCCAGGACCCUGCGUCCAUCACAGACGACCUACUGCAGCUUCCGAAGAGGAGAAAAGCAGCUGAUUUCUUCUGACUGGGACAGAGCAAAAUUAGAAAAGAACAGUUAUCUUGUGGAAAUGAAAGCAGGUUUUCAUCAAGCAAAAUACUGGCCAUGGGGUGUUUUUUUUCAUUUUAUGGCCAGAACAGUCUGUGUACAUAGAAUGGCAAUGUGUCAAAAUAAAAACUGAAUUCAAGGAGUGUUUGAUAGCCCAGGUCAUUCCUGUUCUUGGACAGAAAGACAUAGUAGGAGGAUUUCAUGCCAGCAUUGCCUGAAAAUAGUUUGGUUUGGCAUAGGCAUGUAGGAAUUUACCAAUAUGCAUACACCUGAUUCAAAUGUUUGAAAUAUGAAUGCUUUGAUCAUGGGAUCCUAAACCGAUCCAAUGUAGCAUAUAUUGGCCAGAAAGUCCAAUGUUAUGAAUCGGCAGUUCAAUAUAUACCUUUGUGCUGAAAUGACUUUCUUCCAGACAACAAAGCCAUGUUUUGUGACGAAUGACACACGUCCUUUCUUUCAGUGUAGAACUGAGCAUCUACAAGUCAUUUUGCAUGCCAAACUACCCUUGGUGAAAUAAUUUAAACUGCACUCAGCCCAGUUCACCCUCUGAGAGGUAGGCAUAUUCCUUAUUUUGUAAAGUGUAACUCUGCCACAUUGAAAUGGCUUGUGUAAAGUUGGGCUUUAGUAACAACCAAUGUAAACUGGUGAGUUAUGGUUUGAAAGUGUGCUGUUACAAUGUGUUUUACUGACCCUGUGGGACUGAGCCAUCUGGUUAUAGCUUAGGCUACCUUUGUGUCAAGGUUAUGAAUUUUCCAAUUAAAGCUGGUUCUGGGGAAACCUAAAUUUUUCUAUCCCUGAUUUCAUUGUAAUAUUCUCAACCUUCGUUAGUUACAAAUGUAAGAAACAUAUCAAAUAGAUCUCCUUCUAGUUAUGUUUCUAUCUGUGUACUGCCAGAAUAAUCUGAAAAAAUAUUUUAAGGUCUUGCUGGCCUGUUAUUCCCCAGUAUGUAAAAACUUCCAAAACUGGAUUACUGUUAGCUGUUGAUUCCAGAGAUGAUUUAUCUGUAUAUAGCAUGGACUUAUAUCAUUUUAGUAUUGAUGAAUGUUAUAGUCAAGACUUUCUGAUUUUUGUAAAUAUGUUUUGUAUGGUUUUUUUCUGCAAUAAGUUUUCAAACGUGGGGGAAAAAAUACCAUGGGGUGAUAUGUUUGUAAAACCAAAAUGUUGACCCUCACUAAUUAUCAUAGCAGUCUCAACAUCUGAAAUGUAACCAUGUCUACAUUGGUAAUCUUGAUAUAUGCACCAUUUAUUAAUAAUUAUUCAGAUGGAAUAAAUCGAGCAUUUCAACAUCAUGAA